AUGGAUGGAUGGAUAAAUGUACCUCAAAAACACAAAACCAAAAAUAAAAAAUAUAUAUGGAUAAAAAAUGAAGCGAAACCGGAUUUGAACAAAGAUCGAUUGGAUGCUAAAAACACAACUAAUGGCAUUAAUGAGAUAUAUGAAAAAAAAAAAAAAAAAAACGAUGAAAAUAAAUAUGUAGAACAUAUUCAUAAUGGAGUUAAAAAAAUUAUGAACAGUAUAGAAAAAAGUGUAUUUUUCGAAAAUUUUAAAAAAAAAUUUAAAGAGAUUAAAAAAGAAAGUAUAGUAAUACAAUCCGCUAUUUGCUUAGGUUUAGGUUCUUUAACAGAUAUAAAUCUCAAUAAUAAAAACGCAUGCAUGUAUCAAUUAGCAUUUAUAAUAUUGGUUUCAAAUAAUUAUAAUAUUAAGCAUAUAUAUAUAUAUGACCCCAAAAUUAGCAAUACUGAUUUAAAUGUGUACAAAAUUCUGAACGUUCAGGUUCUUAGUUCAUAUCCAAGCAUGUCAAAACAGCUAGCGGAAAAUGAAAAAGAAAUAACAGUAUGUAAUUUGAAGGAAAACGAAAAUGUCCUAUUAUAUAUGCCACAUUGUGAUAUAAGCUUAUAUGGUGAAGUUUUAUACAAUAUAUUUAUUGAUGAAAAACUGAGUUAUCCUAAUAUGAAUUUUUUAUUAACCCCUGAAAAAACAAUAUAUAUUGGGAAUAGUUUUGAUUAUUACAAAGAUCAUAUAUAUCAAUAUAAACCUUUGGGAAUUCCAAGUUUUGCUAUUGAAUUAUUACAAAAAAGUGAACCAGAAACUAUUAAAUGGGAUAUUACACAUUUAAAUAAAAUGAAAAAAAAUUUUAAAUAUUCACAUUUUAUAUUUUAUAUAUUAAACUUUUUAAACGAAAUAAAAUUUCCUAUUUGUUCUGAGCAAGUACAUGCUUUUAAUGACCUAUCUAUUAUAACUUUUCAAAAAUUACCUGACCAAUUCAUUUUUUGGUUUAAUAUUUAUAAUUCUUUACUUGCACACACAACGGGCAAAAAAAAUGAAUAA